GCAGCAUCCGAGCAGCGGGUGGAGGAGGAGGCAGACAAGAAGAUGCCACUGUCGCUGCCAUCUCAGGGCGACCCCGGGGAGUCCAGCCCUUCCAGAACCUCCAAGAAGCACACCCCUUUCCAUAUCUGGCGCUCCAAGAAGAAGCAGCAGCCUUCGCCGUCUGAUUGUGGGGUGUUCAUUCCGCACCCGCCCUCGGCGCCCCUCGGCGAGGCUAGAGCUUUGGAUGUAGUGGAUGAAGGACAUGGAGAGUGCCAGGAAUUCACACUGCACUGCGGGGACUCCCAGUUCUUUCAUACCACCAAUGAGGCGCCUGGUCCUUUACCUGCAGAGUCUGGAAUGGUUAAAAAGUCCAGGGCACAACCACCGGAGGAGAACAGAAGGAAGCCAGUUUUGGGGAAACUUGGCAAUCUGUUCACGGCAGGACGAAGAAAGACUUCUAGAAACGGGUUAGAGAGUCUCACUAGCUCAAAUGCCAAAUCAGUCUCUCCCAAAGAUGUAACUUCUACUCAACUCCCUGAAAGAGAGAAUGAGAAGAGGAAAUCUCAGGGCAGCCAACCAAAGCAAACAGAAACGUGCGAGAAGGGGUCCACUCAGGAGAAGCCGCAGGACCCGGAGGACGAGCCCCCCGAGACCUGUGUCCAGGUAGUCCCCCCUGACGCCGAGCUGUCACCUUGCUCAAGAAGCCAUGCAGCGGCGGCUGUGCAGAAGUGCCAUGAAAGUGAUUCAUCCCAAUUAGAGCCUCUUGAGGCAGAGGGAGGGUCCUUCUCAGAUGCCACCACUGCUGCCAAGCAGCUGCAUUCCUCACUAGAGAAUUCCCCCAGGCAAGAGAACGCAGAGACUCUCGCCCGCGGUCCGGGGGAGGACGCUUCGCCCAGCCCUAGCUGCGAACAGGAGACAGCCCAGGGUGCGGGGGAUGUGCCGGGGUCGCUCACCCAGGAGAGGCCCGCGGGAGAACUAGGCAAAGCUGCUGACAGAGCCCCCCGCCUGGGUGCCGAAGGAGGCUUUUUGGAGCCUCAAGACGCGCGCACCCAGCCCCCCGAGGACGCAUUUGCUCCGCCAGGUGACCCUCCUGCCGAGGGUGAGAACUGGGCCGGCUCCACCCAAGCAAACGGCAAAACUGGGCCGCGAGGACUGGAGUGCCGGCCCGGCGAGCGCGCCCAUCCUGCCAAAGUGUUAACGUUGGACAUCUACUUGAGUAAGACUGAGGUGGCGCAGGUGGACGAGCCGGUUCUAAUUACUCCCGCCGAAGAAGAUUGCAGCGAUCAGGACGAUAUGGAAAGGAGGUCCAGCGGCCGCAGGUGCGGAAAGCGGAGGAAGUCGCAGAAAUCCGCGGACUCCCCGGGAGCGGACACGGCGCUGCCCGACAGCGCGGCCAGGGACGACGAGGUGUUCGACUACGAGGUGGCCCCGCACGCGGCCACCGAGAACUUCGCGGAAAAGAAAGUGAAAUCUCCGCCGCCGGCGGACCCGGACGGGGGCGUUGCCUCCGCUGCGCGCCGGGACUCCAAGUCCAGCCCUAGCCCCAAAGGGCAGCCCCGAGGAGAGGCGGACCGGAGCAGACAGCCUCCGCCGGCCUCGUCCCCCACCAAGAGGAGGGGCAAGAGCCGGGUCCCCGAGGCUGUGCCCACCCCGCCCCCUGGCAGCCCGCGGGCUCCCGCCAAGGAGUCCCAGCCCAAGAGGGCGCCCGCGUCCGACUCCAGCCCCGCCGCCAGUGGCGCCGCGGGGGAGAACGGGGAGGAGGUAGCCAGGACCAUCCCCAGGGAGCUCACGGUCAAGAGCAGCUCGCUGCUGCCGGAGAUCAAACCCGAGCACAAGAGGGGGCCCCUGCCCAACCACCUCGACGGCCGAGGAGAGGGCAGUCGAAGCAAGGAGCUGGGCAGAUCGACCGGAGGUCCUGACGCCGACGGCUUGAAGCCCAGGAGCCAUUUCGGUGCGGGCAGGUCGACGGUGACCACUAAAGUGACCCUCCCUGCCAAGCCCAAACAUGUGGAGCUAAAUCUUAAAACCCCCAAGAAUCUUGACAGUUUGGGAGAUGAGCAUAAUCCACUUAGCCAUCCAGUUCAUAAAGGAAACACGGCUACCAAAAUCUCCUUAUUUGAGAACAAACGGGCAAACAGUAGCCCAAGACACACUGACAUUCGAAACACAAGGAACACCCCUGCCUCUAAUAAAACAUUUGUCGGGAAGGCGAAGCUGAAUUUCGGCAAAAAAGCCAAAGACAUGGAGCAACCUGAAAAGAAAGUAAUGCCAAAUGGUCACCGGAAUGGUGUGGUGGUGCAGGACACCUCUGCAGAAACCAAAGUUAUUCUUACUGAAGAGGACACUCUGCCAGCGACCAGGAGUCCCGGUGUGAGAGAAACAGAACACAAGCCUACCGAGGAUCAGGCUCUUGGUUCUCAGCUUAACCAAGAUGCGAAGGCAGAUGUGCAACCAGAUGCUGGCUGCCCGUCUGAACCAGUGGUUACUGCUCUGAUUCCUGUCGAGGACCACAAGCUCUUAGGAGAGGGCGACUCAAAGGCUGCUGACAGCAAAAGACUUGUAUUUGAAAAUAUGACUGAUACAGCACAAGACAUCCCCACCAUUCUUACUGCCAAAGAUGCACCUCCAACAACCAUACCAAAGCCACCGGAUACAGUUUCUGACUCACAGCCCCUGGUUGAGUCAUCUACUCGGCCUCCUCUUUCACUGCCUGUCCCCAUUCCCGUGGAUGUUUCCAAAGAUGCUGACGAUCCCUUAAGCAGUUUUCCGUGCACUGAUCCAGAAGUGUCAGAAAACCAUAAUGGAUGUAUUUCGCCUGUGUCUCAUGAGAAUAAUGAGAGCAUGCCCCUCUCCAGACUUGCAGCAGGAGGAGAAGGAGGAGAAUCAAGCCCUUUGUCCACAGAGCACAGCCCAGAAGCUGAUGUAACUGAGUGUCCAUCCAAGGUCCUUGUCCAGGUCAGGUCUUUCGUGCUCCCCAUGGAAAGCACCCAGGAUGUAAGCUCCCAGCUUCUCUCAGAGAGCUCUGAAGUUAGAGAAGUGCAGUUGCCAAGUUGUCACAAUAAUGAACUUGAAGUGGUUUCCGUUGCAAGUUGUGCUCCCCAGAAAGAGGAAGUACUGUUUAAUAAGAGCACAUCACCCAAACACAUUCAUUGCAAAGAAGAACAUGUAGCAAAAUCUGGCCCCCAAGUCAUGCUGCUGGAAUCAGAGGAAACUCUGCCUACCCAGAUCCAAUGUCAGGGCAACGGAACCCCCCUGGCAGUUGAAUCCAGCCCCGCCCACUCCCCUGGUAGCAGAAAUCAGAAAUCAGAGAUCUCGCCUCCCAGGCCAGAUCACAAUGUUGUGAAUGGCCAGGACAGCCCUGCCAGUCUUUUGAACAUUUCUGCUGGUAGUGAUGAUAGUGUAUUUGAUUCUUCUUCCGAUAUGGAAAAAUUCACUGAAAUUAUAAAAAAGAUGGAUAGCACAGUUUGUGUACCUCAGAAGAAAAAGAAGGCCAGGGUGCCAAACUCUCCUGCCCCUCACUUUGUCAUGCCUCCGAUUCACGAGGACAAUUUAGAGAAGGUGUUUGAUCCCAACGUGUUUACCUUUGGUUUAGGGAAGAAAAAGGAAAGCCAGGCAGAAAUGUCACCGGCUUUACAUUUGAUGCAGAACUUUGACACCAAAUCCAAACUGAGGCCCAAACGUAUGUCCACCGAACAGAGUAUCCUCUUCAAGUCCUUACACACUCACACGAAUGGGAAAGAUGAACCUCUGGCGACUCCAGAAAUAAAUGACAAAGAGAACAGGGAUGUCACAAAUGGUGGCGUUAAGAGAUCUAGGCUAGAAAAAAGCGCGCUUUUCUCAAGCAUGUUAGCUUCUUUACCGCAAGACAAAAUCUUUUCUCCCUCAGUAACGUCAGUCAAUACUAUGACCACAACUUUCGGCUCUUCUCACAACACUUCUCUUUCUCGGUCUUCCGUGUUGCAGCCCGUGGUUGAGGGUGCCCCACCCUGCACUUCUGACAAAGAUCAGCCCAAUCUUCCUCCCAGCCACUUCUUAAAGGUCUUCAACUUCGAGUCGUCAAAUACAUCUCCAUCAGGCUUGAGAAGUCCAAGCUACAUGGAAAAGUACCUUCAAAAAGGGGAAACCAAAAAAGAUCUGGAUUCAUCAAGCAACCUACACUUGCCAGAAGCUAAAUUUUCUGAAUUUUCAAAACUAAAGGAUGGUGAUGACAUAGAAAAGGCUAAUCAUGUUGAAAGUGUUCUUAAAUCAAACUUGCCGAAAUGUGGAAACAGUGACACAGACUUCGUGGGUCUUUUCAAAUCCAGCCGGUUUGACCCAAACAUGUUUCCUGGAAUGUCAUUAUCAGAUACAACAAUGCUUAGAGGAAGUAUCCAAAAUAAAAUCAAUCCUCGACCUGGAAAGGUAGUGAUCUAUAGUGAACCAGAUGUCUCCGAGGAGUGUAUUGAAGUCUUCAAUGACAUUGAGGAUUGCAGCUCUUGGAGCCUGUCCCCUGUGAUACUCGUGAAAGUUGUUCGGGGAUGUUUUUUGGUUGCUGUAUGGCUGAUUUAUGAAGAAUCUGGAUUUCAGGGCGUCCCUUUUAUCCUGGAGCCUGGUGAAUACCCCGACUUAUCCUUCUGGAAUACAGACGUAGCGUACAUUGGAUCCAUGCGGCCUAUGAAAAUGGAUUACAGAGUUAGUCACAUUGACUUAUUUACUGAACCAGAAGGGUUAGGAAUCCUAAAUUCCUACUUUGACGACACUGAAGAAAUGCAGGGGUUUGGUAUAAUGCAGAAGACUUGUUCCAUUAAAGUACAUUGGGGCACGCCCUGGGAUGGUGGCCGUAAAGUUGAGUUCCCUACAGAUCCAAAGGUAGUGAUUUAUGAAAAGCCUUUCUUUGAAGGAAAAUGUAUGGAACUGGAAACAGAUAUGUGUAGUUUUAUCAUGGAGGGAAGUGAAACAGAAGAAACGACUGAAGAUGAACAUUUCCCAUUGAUGUCAGUGGGAUCUAUGAAAGUUCUAAGAGGCAUUUGGGUUGCAUAUGAAAAGUCUGGAUUUACAGGUCAUCAGUAUUUGCUUGAAGAAGGAGAAUACAAGGACUGGAAAGAUUGGGGAGGUUACAAUGGAGAACUUCAAUCUUUACAACCUAUAUUAGGUGAUUUUUCAAAUGCUCACAUGAUAAUGUACAGUGAAAAAAACUUUGGAUCCAAAGGUUCCAGUAUUGAUGUAUUAGGAAUUGUUGCUAACUUAAAGGAGACCGGAUAUGGAGUGAAGACACAGUCUAUUAAUGUACUGACUGGAGUGUGGGUAGCCUAUGAAAAUCCUGACUUCACUGGAGAGCAGUAUAUACUGAAUAAAGGCCUUUAUACCAGUUUUGAGGAUUGGGGAGGGAAAAAUUGUAAGAUCUCUUCUGUUCAACCCAUAUGUUUGGAUUCCUUCACUGGCCCAAGGAGACGAAAUCAGGUUCACCUGUUUUCGGAACCACAGUUUCAAGGUCACAGUCAAAGUUUUGAAGAAACAACAGGUCAAAUUGAUGAAUCAUUUUCUACCAAAUCUUGCAGAGUUUUAGGAGGCAGCUGGGUUGCAUAUGAUGGAGAAAAUUUCUCUGGUAACCAGUACGUGUUGGAAGAAGGCCACUAUCCUUGUCUGUCUGCAAUGGGAUGUCUGCCUGGAACAAACGUGAGGUCUCUUCGUUUUAUAGAUGUUGAAUUUUCUGAACCAACAAUUAUUCUUUUCGAAAGAGAAAACUUCAAAGGAAAAAAGAUUGAACUUAAUGCAGAAAUAGUUAACCUCCAAUCCCUAGGAUUCAACACAAAGAUUCGCUCUGUUCAGGUGAUUGGUGGCAUAUGGGUUACUUAUGAAUAUGGUAAUUACAGGGGUCGACAGUUCCUACUGUCACCAGCAGAAGUACCUAAUUGGUAUGAAUUCAGUGGCUGUCACCACAUAGGUUCUCUACGACCUUUUGUUCAGAAACGAAUUUAUUUUAGACUCCGAAACAAAGCAACAGGGUUAUUCAUGUCGACCAAUGGAAACUUAGAGGAUCUGAAGCUUCUCAGAAUACAGGUCAUGGAGGAUGUCGGUGCAGAUGAUCAGAUCUGGAUUUAUCAACAAGGAUGCAUCAAAUGCAGGAUAGCGGAAGACUGCUGCCUGACGAUUGUGGGGAGCCUGGUGACCUCCGGGUCUAAGCUGGGCCUGGCCCUCGACCAGAAUGCGGACAGUCAGUUCUGGAGCAUGAAGUCGGACGGCAGGAUCUACAGCAAGUUGAAGCCAAAUUUAGUUCUAGAUAUCAAAGGGGGGACACAGUAUGAUCAAAAUCACAUUAUCCUCAACACUGCCGGCAGAGAGAAGUUAACACAAGUGUGGGAAGCCAUGGUCCUAUAAACCUGAAGAAAGAAUGCAGAAGGAAUAUUUCCUUAUUUUUAAUAAGGUCUUCCAGCUACCUUAUUAAAAAAAAAAAAGACUGCUAUGGAAGAGCCAAGAAGAAGAUGGAUGUACUCCUUCAGUAACUCUAACUUCACUCCAGAAGCACACCGCCGGGGCUGGGACACCUGUCUCAUCUUUUCAAAGGACAACUAGUUGUAAACCAGUCACUUGUCCUCCUUUCAUUUCUAGCCUUCAUUUCCUUUCAGCAGCUGCUUCAACCGGUUGCCUCAUUAGCGGCUUUGGGGUGUUUUUAAACAAAGGUUUAUCAAGACUUGAACACUACGUACAUUUUAAAUUAUUUCCAAAGAUGGUGACAGGAGAGAACAGGAAUAUAAUGACUGACUUUGUGGACCUACCACUCCCUUACACUUUAGAGGGAAGGAUAAAAGCUUAAAUUUGUAAGGUAGAAGCUGUUGAGCAUCUGAGAAGAAGUGAUGUGUUAAGCCUAUAGCUUCGGUCCUUGACCCUCUGUUUUCUGGAUUCAUGAAUUACACUGCUUAGCGAAGUGGGGAAAGGCUUAGAUAGACAUAUCUUAAGGAACUGAGUAAGCAUACACAAGAUGCUAUUCCCUGUUAAUAUUAAAAAUUAGUCAAUGCACAAGAUUUCAUGUCCAUCUCUGCUUACGUUAGCAGGAUUUGGAUUAUUUUCCCUCACCCAUGGGCUGCCCUGGAACGUCCCCAGUGAGUGUUUAAUGCUUUUCUUACAGAUGCUCCUGGAACAGUACAAGCAAGACCUAAUUUAUUAGCCCAUCCUCACUCAUCUAAAACUAGUUCUGAAGCAGUGUUACCCCACCCUUUGCUAAAGCCUGACCAUUUAGCCUCAUUUCCUGCCCUCCUCUCCCGCCACACUGGCAUGAAGGCUGCCAUGGGACGACCUUACCUGUAAUGUGCCACAGCCAUGCCCCACGACAGCCUCAGGUCUCGGCACUGCAGCCCCUGUGGUCACUUUCUUAUCUCAGAAAACAAGAGGUGUGGAAGGCUCAAGAGGAUGACCAGUAAUUCUCAUCCCGAAAAGGAAGGAACGGAAGCCUUAAGCAAUGCUUGUUGGUCAAAUCUUAAGACUCUGAAAACCCUAAAAUGAAGCAAGCAUUGCAAGGAAAAUUGAAAAUGUCUUAGUGCUGACAAUACACUGCCCAUAUGGUGCUGUUCCCACAGUGCAUACUCGUUUUAAACAAAACUGCUCACUAGUCCUUGACUAUACCCUUCCUCUUUUUGUCCUCAUUUCGUUGUCCUUGUCACUGGAUGCUGGUGCUCUUGUCACAGGAAGAACAAAUCUUGUUUCCUUGUCAUCUGUUCCAGUGUGUUUCCAAUUCUAAAAUGUUGAUCCUCUCGGGAGCCUGGCAAGCAAUUAUGGUUAUCACAGUAGUGUCUUCAGUUUUAAAAUAAUGUUUGUCCAUCCAACAGCAGUCAACACAUCUGUCUUGUCCUUAGAUGUAUAACUGACUUUCGGCCUUUGUGCAUGUCAUUACAGUAAUGGUGGGGUAAGACAUUCUACAGUAGCCUGUGUUGAAUUGAUCUCUCGAAUAAAGUUGUUUCUGGUUAACUGUA